AUGACCGACAAGACGGGGCUUAGUGCCCUCAAAGGCGCUCCCCUGGUGGCAGCUAUUACGUCAGUGUGUGCUUCAUCAUUUCUGCUUUUUGGCUACGACCAAGGUGUCAUGUCUGGGGUUGUAAUAUCCGAAUAUUGGCUUGAGGCUAUGGGACACCCUAGUACUGUGAUGACUGGCACCAUCACUGCUCUGUACGAUGUCGGUGCAGUAUUUGGUGCAAUCGGGGCCGCAUUGACAGUUGAGCGACUCGGACGAAAGCGUGGGCUACUGAUAGGUGCUGCCUUGAUUGCCGUUGGUGCUAUAUUGAUGGGUUGUUGCGUGGAAAGGAUACAGAUGAUCGUUGGUAGGAUUAUCACUGGCUUAGGUAUCGGGUUCCUUACGUCCGUUGCGCCUGUGUACCAAAGCGAGAUCUGUCUGCCGACGCAGCGUGGAUGGCAUUUAUCAUGCCAGCUAUCAACAAUGUUGUUCGGAUUAAUGCUGGCCUACUGGGUCAAUUAUGGCCUCUAUUUCCACCCUGGGGCUAUACAAUGGCGAUUCCCAAUUCUAUUCCAAGCCGUCUUUGCAGUUUAUAUUCUAGCUGUGGCGCCUUUCCUACCAGAUACACCGCGAUGGCUCAUGUUGCACGACGCAACGCCAGACAGAGGAAUUUGUAUCUUGUCAAGGUUGCGCAAGAAAUCAACUGAUGACCCUAUGGUGCAGAAGGAAAAAGAUGAGAUUCUCGCGGCGAUCAAUAUUGAAGCUGAAGAGGAAGGGUCUUGGAAAUCUCUUUUCUUAGAUGGAGGUUGUUCGGCAAACAAGCGAUUCUUCCUGGCAGUUGGAAUUCAGUUUAUGCAGCAGACUUCCGGAAUCAACAUUGUGACUUACUAUGCUCCCACCUUGCUCAAGAACUCUUUAGGCAUGACACAAGAGCGAGCACUUUUUGUCAGCUGUUUCCUCCAAGUAUGGUAUAUUUUGGCUUCAUUUUUGACUUGGUACAUGAUUGACGCGGUAGGUCGUCGGCGGCUGUACAUUACCAUGUCCCUUGGGAUGUGUGUUGUAUUAGUGUGUGAGGCUGUAACAGUAGCUGUUGAUAAUCAACGGUCUGCUGUUGCUGCCGUCGUUUUCAUAUUUGCCUUUGAGGCUUGCUUUACAUGGGGUUGGAUGGCUACAGUAUGGGUAUACCCAGCGGAAAUUCUCCCUCUACGAAUCCGCUCAAAGGGAGCUGCGCUUGCAGCUGCAGCGGAUUUCCUCGGAAACUUCCUUGUCGUCGAAAUUACACCUCCAGCUUUGGAAAAUAUCGGCUAUAAGACAUAUAUCAUCUUUGCAGUCUUCAAUUUCGUCACCGCAAUUAUCGUUUGGUGUUUCUACCCAGAGACUUCAUAUCUCAACUUGGAAUCAGUUGACCUGCUAUUCCUCCCAGACGAAGAUAGAGAUCAGGAAAUUGUUUCAAAACAGACAAUGCUUCAGAGGACUUUCCAGUGGAGUGUUGUGCCCAGAGCACGAAUGGCUGUCAAUGAGGCAAAGGCUAGACAAAAGGCGGGCCUUGAUCUAAUUGCAAGUGACAUUGAAGCCGAUGAUCUUUUCAACGGACUAAAGAAGAAACUGGCAUCAGAUCAUGUUGAGUUCAGGGAAUGA